AUGCCGCUGGGGCAGCGCGCCGGGGACAAGAGCGACUCCCGCUACUGCGGGGUCGAGGUGCUCGACUUCCCCGCCGGCGACGGCCUCCCCGCCGUCCUCACCCACUCCCUCUCCUCCGCCUUCGACUUCCUCCUCGCCCCGCUCGUCGAUCCCGACUACCGGCCCACGCCCGGCGCCGUCCUGCCGGUGGCGGCCUCGGACCUCGUCCUCAGCCCGUCCCAGUGGAGCAGCCACAUCGUCGGGAAGAUCAGCGAGUGGAUUGAUUUGGAUUCCGAGGACGAGCAGCUCCGGCUCGACUCGGAGCUCACGCUUAAGCAGGAGAUCGCCUGGGCGACUCAUCUCUCCUUGCAGGCGUGCGUUAUUCCUCCUCCCAAGAGAUCGACCUGUGCCAAUUAUGCUAGAGUUGUAAAUAAUAUUUUGCAAGGCCUGACCAAUAUGCAGUUGUGGCUUAGGAUACCUCUGGAGAAGUCUGAAUCUAUGGAAGAAGACCGUGACAAAGUAAAUAAUAAUAACCCCACGAGUGAAACAGUAGACUCGUGGGAAUGGUGGAAUUCAUUCAGACUGUUAUGCGAGCAUAGCAGUCAACUGUAUGUAGCACUUGAUAUCUUGAGCUCGCUGCCAUCAAUGAACUCUCUAGGGCGCUGGUUUGGGGAGCCUGCUUUUCUAACAAAUGCAAGAGGUUAUCCUUGCUUGUCCAAACGCCACCAGACUCUGCUUACUGGUUUUUUUAACCAUUCAGUUCAGGUAAUUAUCUCUGGGAGAUCAAAUCAUAAUGUUUCCCAAGUAUCUGAAGGAGUGCUCUCACGUGAUGAAAACCACACCGAAGAUACCCCCACUCAGCAUGCAUUGAGCCCGUACCUUGACUACAUGGCCUACCUCUAUCAGAGGAUGGAUCCACUUCCUGAGCAAGAACGCUUUGAGAUCAACUAUAGGGAUUUCUUGCAAUCUCCUCUCCAGCCUCUGAUGGAUAAUUUGGAAGCUCAGACGUAUGAGACUUUCGAGAAAGACACUGUGAAGUAUACACAGUAUCAAAGAGCAAUCGCUAAGGCGUUGGUUGAUAAGGUCUCAGAUGAUGAAGUUUCCACAGCUAGGACGGUCUUGAUGGUUGUUGGAGCAGGCCGAGGGCCUCUCGUAAGAGCAUCAUUGCAGGCUGCAGAAGAAACUGGUCGGACGCUAAAAGUAUAUGCAGUGGAGAAAAAUCCUAACGCAGUUAUUACUCUUCAUAGUUUGAUCAAAUUGGAAGGGUGGGAAAGCAUGGUUACUAUUAUUUCUAGUGACAUGCGGUGCUGGGAUGCUCCUGAAAAAGCUGAUAUUUUGGUCAGCGAGUUGCUUGGGUCCUUUGGUGAUAAUGAGUUAUCUCCUGAGUGUCUAGAUGGUGCCCAAAGAUUCUUGAAGCCUGAUGGGAUUUCUAUUCCUUCAUCUUACACAAGCUUUAUCCAACCAGUAACUGCAUCGAAACUACACAAUGAUAUUAAAGCACACAAAGAUAUUGCACAUUUUGAAACGGCAUAUGUUGUCAAGCUACACCGAGUAGCAAGACUUGCACCUCCACAAGAGGUUUUCUCUUUCGCACAUCCAAACUUCUCACCAAAGGCCACCAACCAAAGGUAUACCAAGUUACAGUUUGAACUACCACAAGACACGGGAUCAUGCCUUGUGCACGGAUUCGCUGGAUAUUUUGAUGCCGUACUAUAUAAAGAUGUCCAUCUAGGAAUUGAGCCGAACACAUGUACACCAAACAUGUUUAGCUGGUUCCCAAUCUUUUUCCCACUGAGGAAGCCCAUAUACGUGCCGUCAGAGUCGCCCAUAGAAGUGCACUUUUGGCGAUGCUGUGGUGCCACCAAGGUGUGGUACGAGUGGGCUCUGGUGGCUCCGUCUCCAUCCCCGAUCCAUAACAGCAAUGGCCGGGUUUUAGGUGCUGAGCUCGUCAUCAGUUUUGACAUUGCCUUUUCUGUUCUUGAGGCUGGAACAUGGGAGGAAAAGAACCUCAAUUCAUGGGCUAAUGGUAGGAUAAAGGAUUUGCUGGGUUCUUUGGGUUCACUGGAUUUCUCCACGGGGAAGGCAUCCAUUGAUGAAGUGUCCAAAUGCUCAGGCGAUGCAUUUCUAGUAAUGGUCCGUAAUAAGAAGAGAGUAGGUUAUAAUUAUGAACUGAGCUUGAGAUUUAAAGGUGAAUGGCUAGUCAAGGAAGAGAAGAAGAAGGUCACUGGCCAUAUAGACAUCCCCGAGUUUUCAUUUGGUGAGCUUGAUGACCUCGAGGCAGAAGUGAGGUUCACCGAUACCCUCGAAUGGGACGACAAGUCGCGGAUCUGCAAGGAUGUGAAGUUGUUCCUUUCACCUAUAAAGGAGAAGCUGCGGACGUUCGAGCUAGAGCUGAAAGAUAGGUAUGUCAUGAACCCAACAGAAACACAGAUGAUGAUGAUGAUUACGAUGUCUCACCAGAAUAUGUUGUUAUCUGUCCUGUGGAGAUGUUAG